ACUCCAUUAUUUUAGCAAACGUAUUUUGGUUAGCCUCACUGGAAACGGCAGAAACAAUUAGAAUUCCGUAUUCGCGUCGUGGUUUCCAUCGUCAGCAGCUACAAUGUCUGAAUUCAAUUCUGAAAGCCACACAUCAACAACUCAUUUGAGAGCUCACCAUGACCACGGUAUCUUAAACAAAUCGACUGGAAGUUCUCCUAUGGAGCAAAUCGCUCAAUGCAGAAAGGAAACAAAUGCUCAUCUGGAAUCGAUGAGGAGCGACAUUGAUUCGAAAGUCUUUGAAGACAUGAAAUGGGCAAAAGACAGAGAACGGGAGGAAGAGGCUAGAAUUGACGAGGAAAUUGAUGAAAAGAAUCAAAAGCUUGAACAAAUGAUCGCAAGCCAUGGGUGCAUGAUGGGAAAGAGCAUUAGGUUUCGAAAAAUCAACAGGGAAAUAAUAAAAAACAACAAUGAUCGAAAACUAAGACAUACUAGGAACAAGGAAACUACCCAGAUAAUACAAGACCGCAUUGCUAAUAGACAACUAGAACUUCAGUCUGAAAUUGAAGCCAUAGCAGAAGAAAUCGAGCGAAAAUUAUGUGAGUUGGAGAAAUCGUGGCAGUGCGAUACGAAAGGAAAAGAGGACAGAGUACAAGACCGUGGGGAACUACCAACAAGCGAUGAGAAUGUCAAAGAUGUACAGGCUAAGGGAGCAGAAGGAAAUGGCGCACCAGAUGACAAACUAAAUAGAGACUCUUUGGACACCAUUAAUCGCAUUAUCGCAGAUUUGAAGUUGACAACAUUUGACAGGAGAGGGUAUUGUGGAAGAAUUGAUGGAUAUGAAGGAGAAUGGAGUCUCGUUGAUACCAUCAAAGUCACAGAUAAAGUCAAAGACCCUAGUAUCAUAGGCCAUAUAGACGAACUUGUGAUUAUUUCAUCUACGAAUGAUGACGUAUUUGGUUGUGAUACAUUCUCAUUUGAUGUGCGCACUAAACAAAGUCAGAAAGUGUUAACCAGUGAAGGUUCACGUUGGACAGUCUCCUGUGCUCUUCUGAAUGAUGAUAACAUUGUAUGCGGAAACUAUUAUGAAAAUGAAAAGGAUUUCAAAGGAGACACGUUGAGUGAACUCGUCAGAAUAUAUGACAGGCAGUGGAACCUUAUCAAGAGUGACUUUUCCAUCCCCCGCAAAGGUGUUAAAUUCUUCACAUGGGCAGAGGUUGAUGUUUGCCAGAAUGGGAUGAUCAUUGUUGAACAUGGAAGGGAUCCUACAAACGUCUAUAUCAUGAAUCCAUCAGAUGGUAGAAUUGAUUGUUCUAUUCCUAUCAAGGAUAUGAUGAUGCGCGGUGUACUCUUUACAGGACACAUUGUCUCUCAUAACUUGCCUGCCAACAGAAAGCUGUUCAAAGUCAACAGACAGGGUUCUCAAACCGAAAUCCCACUCUGGGAGUUCCCUCGUCAAGAUGAUAUCUGCAACAUCUGCAUCGAUCAUCUAAAUGACGCCCUCUACGUCGUAUCAUCUGAUCCUGGUUACCACUAUGGAAACAUUGAUCAGAUGACGGACGAUGAAGAAAAGAAAAAAAGAGUAGGGUCAUUUCUCAUUUUACAGGAUCUCCCAAUGCACAAUAGGAAACGGCUUCUUAACGGAUCGAAAGUAAUCGUGACGUCAUCAGGAAAGGUUAUUGCAUGCGAUGGUGAAAACAUCCUUGUCUUCCAAAAUAAAUUGAAAUUGUAA